AUGUCACCAGAGUAUGCAAUGCAAGGAGUAUUUUCAAUAAAGUCUGAUGUAUAUAGCUUCGGAGUGUUACUAUUAGAGAUAAUUGCUGGUAAAAAGAAUGGUACUUGUUACCAUGAUGGUCUCUCCCCAUAUUUGAUUGAACAUGUUUGGGACCUAUGGAGAGAAGGAAAAGCCAUGGAAAUUGUGGAUGCAUCACUAGGUGAGACAUACCCUCCUAAUGAAGUUUUGAGAUGCAUUCAAAUUGGGCUUUUAUGCGUGCAAGAACAUGCAAGAGAUCGGCCAACCAUGUUAACAAUUGUUUUCAUGUUGGGUAAUGACACACCUCUUCCUUCUCCAAAACAACCAGCAUUUAUUUCAACAACUACUAACAAUAUUAGAGACAUGUUAACUUCUAUAAAUGAAGUAUCAAUUUCUGAAAUUGAUGGUCGCUAA